GUGGCUGCGGCGGCCCCUCCUCCCCCGCGCUCCUCUCAGAGCCCCGGUCGCGCGCCCCUCCUAGGUUCGCUCGGUGCCCGCGCAGGCCCCUCGGGCGGUGGCGAGGAGGCGCCUAGGCGGAGGCGGCGGCGGGCGGAGGAGCGCAGGGGCGGGCGGCCAGGCCACCGCACGGCGGCGGAGUGGGCCGCGGCCCGGUGCUUGUUCCUCCCCGCGGCCCGACGCACCCCGGCCGCCGCCAUGAGCGGCUCCUCAGGCACCCCGUAUCUGGGCAGCAAGAUCAGCCUCAUCUCCAAGGCGCAGAUCCGCUACGAGGGCAUUCUCUACACCAUCGACACCGACAACUCCACCGUGGCGCUCGCCAAAGUGAGGUCGUUUGGCACUGAAGACCGUCCCACAGAUAGGCCUGCGCCCCCCAGAGAGGAGAUUUAUGAGUACAUCAUUUUCCGAGGAAGUGACAUCAAGGAUAUCACUGUGUGUGAACCUCCGAAAGCUCAGCACACACUCCCGCAGGAUCCCGCCAUUGUUCAGUCUUCCCUGGGUUCUGCCUCCGCCUCGCCCUUCCAGCCGCACGUGCCUUACAGCCCUUUCCGAGGGAUGGCGCCCUACGGCCCGCUGGCGGCCAGCUCCCUGCUCAGCCAGCAGUAUGCCGCCUCCCUGGGUCUAGAGAAGUUGGUAAGCCCUCCAGCCUCAGCCGCUGCUUCCAGCCCUAGCUCUUCUCCAUCUCCACAGCCCGUUUCAGAGCUUGACUUGUCCUCAGAGCCACAGCAGCUCACUGCCAAGGGAGCUGGUUUUCCAUCCAUCCCAGUCGGCAAGAGCCCCAUGGUGGAGCAGGCUGUGCAGACUGGUUCUGCUGACAACCUGAAUGCUAAAAAGCUGUUACCUGGCAAGGGAACCAUAGGGACGCAGCUCAACGGUCGUCAGGCCCAGCCAAGCAGCAAGACGGCCAGCGAUGUAGUCCAGCCGGCAGCUGUGCAAACUCAAGGGCAGGUGAAUGAUGAGAACAGAAGACCUCAGAGGAGGCGAUCAGGAAACAGGCGAACAAGGAAUCGCUCCAGAGGGCAAAACCGUCCAACUAACGUCAAGGAAAACACAAUCAAAUUUGAGGGUGACUUUGAUUUCGAGAGUGCAAAUGCCCAGUUCAACCGAGAGGAGCUUGACAAAGAAUUUAAGAAGAAACUGAAUUUUAAAGAUGACAAGGCUGAGAAGGGGGAAGAGAAGGACUUGGCUGUGGUGACCCAGAGUGCCGAAGCACCCGCUGAGGAAGACCUUCUGGGGCCCAACUGCUACUAUGACAAAUCCAAAUCGUUCUUCGACAACAUCUCUUCUGAACUCAAGACCAGCUCCAGGCGGACGACUUGGGCCGAAGAGAGGAAGCUCAACACGGAGACCUUUGGGGUAUCAGGGAGGUUUCUUCGUGGCCGCAGUUCUCGGGGCGGAUUCCGAGGAGGCAGGGGCAGUGGGACCAACCGUCGCAACCCCACUUCCCACAGGGCUGGGACUGGCAGGGUGUGAGGGUGCAGCCAAAGGCUCCUACCGAAGUGGCGCAGAACUGAUGCUGUGUCAGGACGCGAGGAAAGCGCUGCGCUUACGGGAGAAGCGGUCCCUUUGUUUAUGGGGUUUAUACUGCUACUUAUGUUUUGGACUUAACUGAACUUGGACAUGGUCUGAGUUAGAACCACUUGUUUUGGGGAAGUAUUCAUGGGUAACCUCUUUGAGGUCUCUUUACCUGUGUUUCCUUUUUAGUUGCGCAUAGCCUAAUUCUAAGGUUUUGGUAUUUUGCAAAAAGGUUUCUAUGGUGAAAGCUGAAUCCUUACUUUGUGACUUUUUUUUUUUUAAUGACAGCUUUGACUUUUAAAAGUGGAACCAAAUCUCAGUUGGCGGAGGUGGCAGCCAAGUGCAUCUCUGCAACCCAGCUGGCCCCUGGUGCUGCUUGCCUGGCACCCCCACUGCCAAGGGUGGGGUCUCAGGAGUCAGGCAGGGCCAGCACAGAGUGGUGUGGGGGGGCAGGGGUGGGUGGGUGGAGGGCACGGAAGGGGUUGUCCCAUGGAUCAUGUUGUAUAAGUGAACCAGACCACCCUGAUGGCAUCCACAGUGAUGUCAAGGUUGGGGCUAGCCAGGGGUGGGUGGACUAGAGAAGCAUUUGGGAGUAGUGGCCAGGGGCCCUGGACGCCAGCCACGGAGCUGCUGCACAGAGCCUGGUGUCCACAAGCUUCCAGAUUGGGGUUGGAGCCUGGGAUGAGCCCCGGCAGCGCCUUGGCCCUUCUGUGGUCCCUGCCAGCCUCUGACCUGGGCCGGUCAGUCAUUGCUGGCCUCUGGCCACACACUGGUGUUCUCAUCCACUUGGAAACGAGCCAGUCUUUUCUGCAAGGUCAGUUGACCAAGAGCAUAUUUCCCCUCUGUUGUACAUCGUUGUUUUGUGUUUGUGUUGUCACAGUGGGUGGAGGGAGGGCGGGGUCUACAUUUGUUGCAUGAGUCAAUGGGUCAGAACUUUAGUAUACGCAUGCGUCCUCCGAGUGACAGGGCAUUUUGUCGAAAAUAAGCACCUUGGUAACUAAACCCCUCUAAUAGCUAUAAAGGCUUUAGUUCUGUAUUGAUUAAGUUACUGUAAAAGCUUGGGUUUAUUUUUGUAGGACUUAAUGGCUAAGAAUUAGAACAUAGCAAGGGGGCUCCUCUGUUGGAGUAAUGUAAAUUGUAAUUAUAAAUAAACAUGCAAACCUUUAAAAUCUU